GAGCCCCGCCUCUCCAGUCCCCGGGGCCUGCGGCGCUGUUUCGCUGCGGUGGUGCUUGGCUGCGGUGCGGGGCCUCUCCUCCGGGCCGGAGCGGCGCGCCCACGGUCACGGCGUGUGAACAAGUCGGGGAAAUGCAAACCUCUGGUUUCCAGCGUGGGAAAAUGUUGUGUUGGCGUUUAAUGUUAGCAUCGGGCUGGAUUUAGGGACAACCCAGAUUUCCAAUAAGCAGGAUUAAUGGAUUUCAUUCAGUGAAUUAACUCGACAAGCACAAUGUUUUUGUUGCUUUUUCAGAAGAGAUUGGUGAUGUGAUAAUGGACAUACUUGAUUUGGAACGCACAUCCUGAAGCCUGUUGUAUAGAAUGACUCAAAAAUGAGACUGCCUGGAGCCUAAAGAAAGGGUGCCAGCUGAAGUCAGCCUCCUUCAAACCAGAGACAGACACCGAGUCAACCUGGAGAUGAUAUAAAAGUACUAAAAACAUUCUUUCUAUAUGGAUCAGCCUUCUAGUGAUGGUGAAACUGGAAGAAGACCACUGUAAGCAAAGCCAGGAUGAAUCGGGUGGCAGGUGAUACAGAGACUGCUCACAGUAGCAGUGUGGAAUCCUGUCCUUCCCUGCGGGAUGUCCACUCCAUCAACCCCACGCAUCUCAUGGCAAGGAUUGAGUCAUACGAAGGCAGAGAGAAGAAAGGCAUAUCAGAUGUCAGAAGGACUUUCUGUUUGUUUGUUACAUUUGAUCUCUUAUUCAUAACCUUAUUGUGGAUAAUAGAAUUAAACGUAAAAGGAGGCAUUGAGACUACCUUAGAGAAAGAAGUCCUACAGUAUGACUAUUCUUCUUCAUAUUUUGAUAUAUUUCUACUGGCAGUCUUUCGAUUUAAGGUGUUAAUACUUGCAUAUGCAAUGUGCAGACUGCGCCAUUGGUGGGCGAUAGCUUUUACAACAGCAGUGACCAGUGCCUUUUUAUUAGCAAAAGUAAUUAUUUCACAGCUGUUCUCACAGGGUGCUUUUGGCUACGUGCUGCCCAUCAUAUCCUUCAUCCUUGCCUGGAUUGAAACUUGGUUCUUGGACUUCAAAGUGUUACCACAAGAAGCCGAAGAAGAAAACAGAUUUUUGAUAGCACAGGAUGCUUCUGAACGAGCAGCUCUUCUUCACCCAGGAAUCCUCUCUGAUGGGCAGUUCUAUUCUCCUCCUGAAUCUGUAGCAGGAUCUGAUGAAGACUCUGAAGAAAAACAAGACAGUGAAAAACCAGUUGUAUAGCAAAUAUGGAAAAGCCGUCUUCUAGUGCUCCUCUGGAAGAGUGGAUGACCUUUUCAGCCUCCCCAUUUUCAACAUCUGUUUCCUUGACCCGCACCUUCAUCCAUCCUGACUUGUGUAAUCGGUUGCAGAAAGAAAAUCUCAGAGGGAAGUGGUUGAGGUUUGGAAACUGGCAACAGAGUCUGUGACUGACUUGCUGGUGGAGCUGCUCACAGGAGAACUUGUUCAUUAGAAAGCAAAGGGAAUGGUUCCCAUGUACUGUAAUACCUCACAAAGACGUACCUUGUUGACAUAUGUAUAUUAGGUUGCCUCCCAGGUGGUAUGAAAAUAUUUGUCCAUGAUGUAUUUUAUUAUUCAGCAAUUCCUGAAGUUGAUCUUCUAAUGACUAGGUAAUUACUGGAAAGUGUUGUCUUGUGUACCUAAUCAAGAGACUGCUAAUAUAAUGAAGUCAAACUUCUCUAUGGUAGAAGUGUAUUUAAUGAUCGUUGGGACUCACUAGGUAAAAUUGUUUUAUGUUAUUGCAAAUUUGCCAUUAGUUUUAUGUUUCCUUUUUUUUUUAACCCCAUGCAUUGUUUUUUUUAAUGGAUAUGUUCACUUUCUAAAAUAAAGAUGUUAAAACAUG